GGGGAGGCAUUUCUCCCUGGCAGCAGCUGGGAAGCCGCCUGCUCUGCUGCUGCGGUGGUGGCAUGGAGGGCCUCUCUGCCUUGGGGGGCAAUGUCCUGUUUCGGGCCUCGCUCCUCGGGGUCCGGGCCUCCCUGCGAAUGGCACCGGCUCUGCGCUCCUGCUGCAGUGAGGCCUGCCUGGCCCCCCGGGGCACCGGCUCCAGGGCUCCUGGGGGCUCUUUCCUGCAUGGCUCCCUGGCCAGGAGGCUGCCCUGCCCUCGCCAGGCAUCCGGCUCUGCUUUCAAUGUGCCCCCCAGUGCCGAGGACACGGCCAGGCCCGUGGGGGUGUGCUCCAUGUUCAGGCUGCCCAUGCGGGAGUCGGCCGAAGGGCUGGACGUGGCGUUUGUGGGGGUCCCUCUUGACACUGGCACCUCCAACCGCCCUGGGGCCAGGUUUGGCCCUCGCCACCUCCGGGCCGAGUCGACGAUGGUGCGCUGCUUCAACCCAAGCACCGGGGCAGACCCCUCCCACUCGCUCGGGGUCGCUGACAUCGGGGACGUCCCCGUCAACCUGUACGACCUGAAGGACAGCUGCAGGCGGGUCCGGGAGGUCUUUCGGAAGAUUGUGGCGGGCGGCUGCGUUCCCCUCACGCUGGGCGGAGACCACACGAUUACGUACCCCAUCCUGCAGGCAAUUGCAGAAAAGUACGGCCCGGUGGGACUGGUCCACGUGGAUGCUCACACUGACACUGGCGACCGAGCGCUGGGGGAACGGAUCUACCACGGCACGCCCUUCCGGCGCUGCGUGGAAGAGGGGCUGCUGGACUGCGAGCGGGUCGUUCAGAUUGGGAUCCGGGGCUCCUCCUACUCUCCAGAUCCGUACAGGUUUUGCUGGGAUCAGGGUUUCCGGGUCGUGCUGGCGGAGGACUGCUGGAUGAAGUCGCUGGUCCCCUUGAUGGCAGACGUGAGGCAGCAGGUGGGGGACAGGCCGCUUUACAUCAGCUUCGACAUUGACGGGCUGGACCCGGCCUACGCUCCCGGCACAGGGACCCCCGAGAUUGCAGGUCUCACCCCGGCGCAGGCCCUGGAGAUCAUCCGAGGCUGCCAAGGAUUACGCAUCGUGGGGGGGGAUCUUGUGGAAGUUGCUCCUGUGUACGAUCCUUCUGGUAACACAGCUCUUUUGGGCGCAAACCUGCUCUUUGAAAUGCUGUGCGCCCUCCCCCGGGUGAAGACGAUGCAAUCCCGUCCCCCAAAAGUCUGAUUUCAUGCUCUGAGAAUAAAAGGGUCCCCUCUCCCUCCCCGUGGUAUCUAUCCUUGCAAUAUCAGUACGAGACACCCUUGGAAAACCGCAGGGGCAUAUCAGACCCUGACUGUCUUCCAUUUUUAGAACAUGAAGUGACUAGUCCUUAUUGCUGCAGCAAAAACCUGACAGCACUGAAGGAAGUACUGCCUGGGGCUGAUCCGGGUGGAGUCCUCCUUUCAGGAAGGGGGAGAGACGGAAGAUACAUCAGUAACACCAUCCGAGUCCCAUUUUUUCCUCAAGUGCUUGCACAGGAGCAGCACAGGAUGGGAUUUAUUGAGGAUGACUGGAACCCAGAGCCAGCUGCCCUUAAGACUCCCUCUGAACCCACAGGAGCCAACAGAGCUGGUGUGCCGUGCAACCUCCCCUCCUCCACCAGGAAUCAGCCCAGCCCUCCAUCUCAGCCAAGGUCCCCAGUGCGUCUUUAGAACAGGGGUCCCCAAGGGAGUUCCACCCAGCGCAGAGGAUAUUUGGUGGGGACGCAGCAACCCUGGAGAAGCCGGACGAUCACGGGUGCCUUUGCCUUCAGUCUCACCACCGUAUGGCCAAGGGGAAGACUGUCCCUGUCAGCUAAUUAAAGUUAAGGUUGCACCAUCUUGUGGUCAGACAUUAAAAUAGUUUAUUUCAGCUUCAAACUGGUUAAGAGUCUUAAAGCAAAGCAAACCCCAAAUCAGUGUAGUGCUUGCUCACAAAUACCCAGAAAGAAAGAAAAGAUAACAGAAAAAAAAAAGACAAUUUGCCCAAUAAAUUAUUUAUUCCCUGACAUCCCACUCCCACCCCAGUAUCAAAAGUGCAAAAUACAUUGCUUUCCUUCCAAGCGAGUUCGCUGCCUGGGUUAUGAGGCCUAUCCGUUUCAGACACACGUUUUUCUACAGCAGACAGGAGACAACGGGGUGCUGGUCGUGGGGGAACUGCAGCUGCCAAGUCGGAAAGGGGGUUGUGGGCAUGGGGGGCAGCUGAAGGCAGCUUGUCUCAGGCGCCUGGUUGCGCAACGAGGAGCAGGCAGGGCUCCUUUCGGCCACAGGGCAGGGUCAGCGUUUCUAUUUUCAGCGCGCAGUCCUCGCUUGGCGAGGGGGCCGCCUCGGCUUGGGCACCGGCCUCUCUGGCAGCCAGAGCGAACAGACGCCAGUCAAAAGCAGAUCAAGUGCCCAGGUCAGCAACCCGCCCCGAGCGUGGGGGUGGGGGGGCAGUCAGCUUGACAAAGCGUGAUUUGCAGCACCCGGGAAGCAGCCGCCCUGUGCACAGCACCCGCCCUUGGCUCUGCUAAAGGCCCCUGCUCCGAGGCUUUCUGCGAAAGGGGACCGUUUCCCAUCCACUGUCGGGAAAAUUGGGGGCUGCUGCUGAGGCAAACGAGCAGGAGGGUUUGGCGGCAGUGACCCCCGCCCUCCUGGAACAGCCCGGGAACUUGAUGAGUUUGGAGCAUUAUCGGGGGGGGGGGCUUUGUGCGUGCGGAUGCGCUUCUCCAGCGAGUCGCAUCCGGGACAGCGCAAGGCAGCACGUGCCACGUCGGCAGUGGGGGGAACACUGAACCAGGGAGGCCGGGAAAGGCCUGCAACGUAGCCCAGAAGUAAAGCUCGCCCCCUCCCUCUCCUCAGCGCCCCCACUGCGAAGCGCCACUCGCAAAGGCUCAGGCGGCAGAAUUCCGGACCGGCUUGUGGUAGGGCCCAUUUCUGGACAGGACUAAGGAGCCUCCUCGUGGGGAGAAAACUAGCACCUCAAGAAAGGGCUGCUUUAGAGCUACCUACAAUCUGCCAGGCUGUUGGAGGGGAGGAGAAGCUGCUACGUUUUGUUCUCCCCCCUGCCCCACAGUCUGAUCUUUGCAAUCUAUUUAGACAACUCAAAAGACAACCCCCCCCCAAAAAAACCCAACAGAUGUUGCGCCAUCCUGAAAGAGGACAAAAAGAGGUAAAGAGGCAGCU